GUUGGACAAGUAUCGCAGGAUGAACCCAGUCCAGCAACCUGCCCAGCAGCGCUCCCCUGCCUCCAGCCUGCCUCACCCCAAACGGGCCCAGGAGGCCCCGGACAUGGCACUUUAUUGUGACAACUUCAUGUACCCCCAGCAGAGCCUGCACCCCAGCCAGAGGGGGCCCAACUUCGCCAUCGGGGAAUACACCUCUCCGGCUAAUCCUUACUUAUGGCUGGGGGGCCAUGGGGUGAACAAUGCACCCAAUUACAGCCCUUCCCCGGCGCCUUACAUGCCCCCGUCCUUUGGCGCCCCCCAGCGGCAGUUCCUGCCCAACUCCCCCGCCUUUGGCGGCACCGAGCUGAGCUGGAUGUCGGCGGCUUCCCAGGAGGAACUUCUGAAAAUGGUGAGACCCCCGUACUCCUACUCUGCCCUCAUCGCCAUGGCCAUCCAGCAUGCCAGCGAUAGGAGGCUGACCCUGAGCCAGAUCUACCAGUAUGUGGCAGAAAACUUCCCUUUCUACAAAAAGAGCAAAGCAGGCUGGCAGAACUCCAUCCGGCACAACCUGUCCCUCAAUGACUGCUUCAAGAAGGUGCCAAGGGAUGAGAAUGAUCCAGGAAAAGGAAACUACUGGACUCUGGACCCCAACUGCGAGAAGAUGUUCGACAAUGGCAAUUUCCGUCGGAAGAGAAAGCCCAAGUCUGACGCCAACAGCGCUAAAAUCGCCAAGAUCGGAGAGGAUCACUUGAACCCAAAAGGCAAAGAGAGCCCACCCAUGAUUACUCCCUCCUCCCCCGAGGAGCCGUCUCCCACAGGCCAUAGCAAGAGCCCAUCUCCCCCAGCGGUCACCUAUACCCCCUGUCUGACCAACUUCAUCGGCAGCAUGACCGCCGUGGAUGCAGCUACAGCCAACAGACAGGGCCCCUUGGGGCUCCUCAAUGAACUGUCUCAGAGGAACAUCAGCAGCUUGAGCAGCUUCAUCUCGGGCUCCGCAGUGGAUCAGAGUGCAGAGCAUCCGGACACCUCCCUGUUCUAUAACAGAAGCCCCUAUUACAGUUCCUUCCCCACCACUGCCCAGAAGCAGCCGCAGUUUCUUCAGCAGCCCCCUUUGUACCAGGGAAGGUACUGAAGCGGAGUUGGAAGUGACAUUUGUAGGAAAAGACUGGGGGAUACGUGGGGGGUCCAGGACUGAAAUCUCCCGCGCAAGGGACUACCCUAAACUGCAAAUACUAUCAUCCAUAGCUGGCUGAGGAUGCUGGGAAAUGUAGUUCACAAGUUUAGGGAAUAAGGAGUUUUUUUUUUUCUUGAAAGUUUAUUUUGUAUAAUGGUGGCUGCUAGAGCAUGCUGGGAGUUGUAUGCCAGCAAAUGGUAUAAAGCCAGACUCUUCUUAUCUCUGUUAUAAGACAAAGGAAUGAGCAAUAUUUUGCAUUGUGUAACCUGUAUAUAUAUGUUGUGACUUGGGUGUCACAUGGUUCUUUAUUUAUAACUUUAUUUAAUAAAAAAGAAAAACAUGAA